AUGAUCGAAUGCUCGAUCGAUCAAGCAAGCAAGCCCAAAUCAAUGAACAUACUGAAACACAAAUGCACAUUUGAACAAAUUGCGAAAUUUCCCCAUUCCGAUUUUCGUGACACAAAAUUGUGUGCUCAAAACCCCAGAGAUAUUCAACGUUGGUACUACAUUAGCUUAUUCUCGAAAACACUCAUCGUUCUGGUGAUACGCUAUUUCUCAGAGAAACGAACUGUUUAUGUUCCGGAACGGUACGCUGAGGUAGCAGAACCAAAGUCCAAGAAGGAGAAGGGGCGGAAAUCAAAACUUUCACAGUCUGAUAAACACGAUGAACCGGUUCACGAUGCUGCUGGAACAAAACCGCAGGAGGUUGUGGAAGAACCGAUUGUGCCCAUCGAUCACCCGACCACCAUUCCAUGUUGUCCGGACCACCCAAUGGGAGAACAUCCGUCGAAUGUUGAACUCCAGAAACAGGCGGUGCAAAAUCAGAAACGUAAACGACAAAAAUCCAGCCGCAAAUCAACCAGUUCACAGUCUGAAGAUUCGCCUGUUGCCAAACCUAUUGAUUCAGUCCCUGCCCCGGUCUCAGAAGGUAUACCCCCGGCGAAAACAGAAAGUCCGACAGAACAACCAAUGGACGUGAACCACCACCCAGUAGCAUCAGGGGAGACGCACGAACCCAUCGCUCACCCACAUGAUGCAAAAUCCACCAAACGAAAGGAACGCAAACACAAAAAAUCACAAUCAAAAGACGAAGCGGAACACUCGCCCAAAACUGCUUCAUCUAUCCCCGAUGAAGUCGAACCCCCGUUGAUCGAGGAACCGAUUCAUCCAGUGGAGAAAGCUAACACGGCUCACGAGCCGGAAACCGGUGGUAAGGGUAGAAAGGGAAAACGUCAUAAAUCGCACAGUUCGCAAUCGGAACAGACAACAGAAUCCGCAUCACCGCCCUUGGUUUCCCCGGUGACUGCAGUAGCGACGACUGCCGUGCCGGUACAACCUACAGAUGCACAACAACAACAACAACCAGAACCAGAACCAAUGGAGGUUGAGGAAGAUCACGUGACACCUCAUAUCAAUGCCACGGCUGUGGCUGCUCCUCCCCCUCCUCCAGCACCAGCACCAGCUCUUCCAACCCCGGAACAACUCGAGGAAGAGAUGAAACCAAAGAAACCAAGCAAACCGCGCAAAUCCAAACGCUCACAAUCUGACAGUGUGGAUGAUCACGUCACACAAGCCGUACCGACUGAGCCUCAAACCCAAGAGCAGCCGAUUGUGACGUCAGUUGAACCGACAGGGACCACUCACCCGGAAUCCGGUAAAAUCACGAAGCCAAAGAAGCCACGUGCGAAAAAAUCCAGCCAAUCUCACUCGGAAUCACAUCCAGAUGAAGAGCAUGUGAAACCGGUUGACGCCAACCCACUAACCAAACCGGCUGCUGUCUUGCCGGAACCCAUGGUUCCUAACACUUUGCCUACUGAUCUGGCGGAACCCAUGCAAGUUGAACCGAACCAGUCCACAACUCCACUGCUUAGUCCAUCAUCCAUUGGACCCUCGGAACAGUUUGUAUGUGUCGGUCACGUGGAACAUGCACACCCCAGUCCCCUAUUCCAUAAUGUCACUCACGAGAUGGAAGUGCAACAUUUGAGCACAGUGGAACCGACCACGUCUGUUAGCCCCGAUGUGAUAUCUGUGUCUCCACCGAAAAAACACGAACAUGUUGUCCCGACCAAACCGGAAGGGAAACAGAAAAAACCGGAGCAUAAGAUGUCCCCCUCGACAUCCCCAGUCGUGGAAAGUACUACCAACCCAGCUGAGCCGGUUUCACCGAAAUACAAAUCGGAUAAGAAAGAGACUAAAACGGCCCCACAAAAACCGCAGUCGAAACCGGUUACAAAGCCGGAAGAAAAAGGUCAACAGACAAAAGAAACGGAAGUGACUAAGAAAGUGCAGAAUGAUUCAGUCCCCACAGAGAAACCGCAAUCAAAAACCACAGAGAAACCGGUGAAACAGAAACCAGAUGUGCCAAAACAAUCCAAACCGGAAAAGGUCCCCAAACAACAACAGCAACAAUCAGAACAACAAAAACAGGAACGAAAAAAGGAACAAGACGUGAAAACGGCGACGAAGAAGAAAGCGGAAAAACGGAAACACGACGAGACGUCAGCAGUGGUAGUGCAACCGAAAAAGGUAAGCGCCUCAUCCGAUUCGGUCAAAUCAACCGAGAAGAGUUCGAAGAAACAAGAUCCCACGCUGGAACGACUGACGCGAGUGAAACGAAUCAAACCGGUUUCAGCACGACGACUGAAAGAUAAGAGACCCGUUAAAUCGGUCAGUACAGAUGAGGCUCAAAUAGACGUGAAAGAGGCCGAAAAGAUUGCACCCACCAGCCGUUUCCCACGUAGUUAUAUAGUUCAGUUUUCGAGGUUUCUCGGUGGUGGUGGUGGUGGUGGUGGUGCUGCUGCUGCUGCUGCUUCUGGUGCUGGCGGUAUUGGUACUUGUGUGAUUGGAUCACCCGAUCCCAGGGGCGAUGUCAUGGUGAGGUGCACUGCUUGA